CGUUGAUGUGUUAUCUAUGGAAUAGACAGACUUUAUACUGUUACUUUUAGUUAUACGUAGUUCUGAUUUGUGGUUAUUUGGGUUUUGCUGGUUAGUAGUUUCUUUCGUCCGUAGGACGGAGAGAAGAAUUUAUAUUGCCACAUAGUGGUUUUAAAUAAUGUCCAUGCAUACAGUUGGUUGAGGAAAUCAGUAAUGUCACAUAAGACACACUGUUAUGCAGACUAAAUAAAAUUGUAUUACAAUUGCUUUUGCUCAACAAAAAAAUGAACACUUCGGAGGAAACACCAAAAACCCCAGAAUGGAUGUUAUUGUUGGAAAGUAAGAAAAAGAGACCUCAUCGUUUGGCACAUGAAAUUGGAGCAGGUGCACCUUGUCUGAGCUGUGGAGAUGCUUGUCCAGGUUUAGAUCUACAUUUUUGGAGAAAACUGUGCCGCAACUGCAAAUGCAAGAAGGAAGAACAUGAUGUGAGAGAUGAUGAGGGUUAUGAACAAUUUGAAAUCCUCUUUGCCAAUAGUGGCACUGGAAAGAAGAAACACAUAGGUGCAUUUCUAAACAUCAAGGUGCCCGAAACAUCAGUAAGUGUUCCGAAUUCAGGCAUUGCCAGCAGAAAUUCUAAUUCUACUGGAAGUAAAAGCAUUGCAUUUGAUUGGGUUCCACCUGAUGUUUCUGAGGAUGUGGCAGCACAAUAUAUGCUCCAAUUACCUUCUUCUAAGCUUCCAAUAUCAGGGAGUGACGGUGCACUAUAUCGACGCCAACAGUUAGAGAAACAAGUACCUUUACAUGAUAUAGAUGCUUCCAAGUGCCAUGGUCUUACUCCAGAUGAGAUUAAAGGGCUUCAGCAAUAUUUGGAAAAUUUGAAGAACAAUGUUGUUGGACAAGGUCGAGUGACGAAGGUUCCUGUUCUUUACACUGAACAACGAGUGCCUUAUUCAGGACCGACUCAACAUCAGUCCCUUACAGUAGCUCAGUCAUCUGUGACAGGAGAGAGUAAACCCAUUAAAAUAGCAACUUCACAGUCUGCUCAGUCCCUCAGGUCCUUGUCUUCACUUCCACUCCCACGUCCUUUUGCUCCACAAAAUUAUGACAAAAAUUAUUCAGAUAGCUUUCCCCCACCCCCUCUUUCUGAUUCCCUUCCUUCAAAUGUCACAAACUUGGGUUUAAAGACGCCAAGCGCAUUCUUUCCUCAUCCCCGCCAUGUUGGUUAUUUUGAUGCCCCAGUUGUUGCUGAUCAACAGGCUCAUUAUUUGGCUUCUUCAACAGCAGAUCAUUCCAACCAAGGUGUACAGUAUUCCACAGAACUACCUGGUAGACAUGUUGCUCAAACAUUUGGAGACGUCAUUGCUGCAGUGGCUGCUGAAGAUGGAAAGCAAUAUAUAAACGUGCCUUUUCCCACUCACGUGUCUGUUGGACAGCCUAGCCAUACACAUGCUAGGGAUGGGACAUUUGUAUCAGAACAACAGGCUCAUGAGAUUGCCUUUUCCACACAAAUACCUGUUGGACUUGUUAGUCAGCAUUCAAAAGCAUUGGACAAUGCAAGGGAAGUAUCUGAUCAAGCCACACCAAGUGAACAAAUGUCCCCAUUUGGCUCAAUCACAGAAAAUAAUGUUCCUGGGGAAAAUAAACAUGUUGCAAGAGAUGGAGUUAUUACAGCUUCCAGACACCCAGCAGGUGUAUUAUUUUCAGCAAAUACAAAAACAAAGAAUCCACAGAGCACUGAAUCACUUUCAAAUCUGUUACAUGGAAAUGGUAACUUUAUUCAGGAUGAAUGCAUUACCACAAUUCAAAGUCAUGGUGAUGGUACUGAUAUUUUUCAAGUGCCCAGUGAUAAUGCAAAACUUACGCAUCUACAGCAAGCUGAUGUCGGUGGUAAUUUCCAGCAAGACAGGGGCAUGUCUGCAGAACAGUAUCCAUACAAUGUUGCAUAUUCUUCAGCAUGUUCGGGGCAGAAGUCUUCUUUACAUUCUAGCCCCAUAAACAGUGGCAUUCAUAAUGUACCAAAAGUCAGUUCUCUUCCUCAGUGUCCAAAUAAUGUUCCUAGUUUUCCACAGGUAGGGGAUUUAAGUAUUCCUCAAGAUGCAAAGUUUUUGCCUUACUCAACAAACAUUUUGGAACAAGUAGCACAUUCUGUACCUAUUGCUGGAGAUUCCUUGCCCAAGUCUGCUCUUGUGAUGCAGCAGGGUCAUCUGGUAAACCAGGAAGGACCUGAACCUGAAUGUAUAGAACAAGAACUUACAGGAAAACUUCAGCAGCUGACAGGGCUAGGAAAUGGAUCAUCUCAACUUGAAGAGUACCAUUUGAAUUGUCAUAAAUGUAAUAGAACAAUAAUAGCAGGUGAAGUUGCGGUGUUGGCAGAACGAGCGGGCAAACAAGCAGCUUGGCAUCCACAAUGUUUUGUGUGCUGUACAUGUGAGGAAUUGCUGGUGGAUUUAAUCUACUUCUACCAUAAAGGUGAUGUUUAUUGUGGCCGUCAUUAUGCAGAACUGCUGAACAUUCCUCGGUGCUUUGCUUGUGAUGAAUUGAUCUUUGUAAAAGAGUAUACAUGUGCAGAAGGUAAUGCAUUUCAUGUAAAGCAUUUCUGUUGCUAUGAAUGUGAUACACCUCUCGGUGGGAAGCAAUACAUUCCGAAGGAUAACCAGCCUGUGUGUCUGGAGUGUUUCCAGAAGAAAUAUGGCAAGAGUUGUCACACUUGUAAGUUGAAAAUAGCAGCUGGAGAUCAGCGUGUGGGAUGGAAGGAUUUGAGCUGGCAUGUGUUGCCUGAAUGUUUUUGCUGCUCUCAGUGCUACAAAUCAUUGCUAGGUGGCAAGUUCCUUGUAAGAAAUGAGCAGCCUUUCUGCAGCAAGGAGUGUGCCCAAGCUGCUAUAUAGAUUUGACCUUAAAAAAUGUAACUUAACAAUUUUUUUAAUGUAUAUAAGAAAUGAAUUGUAUUUUUAGAUUUUUUAUAUAUAUACAAUUACACAGUUUCGCAUUAUUUAAAAUGUAAGCAUUUAGACAUAUAUUACUAUAUUCUUUAAUGUGGCAUCUAUUUUUAAAUACUAAAUACUGGUAUGUAUUACUAUUUUUUAUCAACUGUUGUAUGGCAGAAGAAAUAUUUCUUCUGUUUUAUUUACUAUGCUGUUAUAUAAUAGGUUUAAUAUUGUUUGGUAGUGCCAUUAAGAACAUCCCAUUACAAAUUGUAGACAAGAAGCAGCCAUAUUAUUUUAAUUAUGUAUUUAAUAGUUAAAUACAAAGACACCUAUUCCAUGUAAGACUUUAUAUGUACUUUUAAGUGUGUACAAGCUUUUGAACUCUGCAUGACUAUUAUAUAAAGAAAGUAAUUUUUAUAUCAAUAGUGAGAAUAAUAUAUUUUUUUAUCAUAUUAAUAACCUAGCAAUUUAUUCUUAUUUUUACUGCUAAUGCAGCAUGUACCAUUUUAAAUUAAAUGUGUGGAUAAUUUCAGACACUCAUUUCUUUAAUUUACCAGGGUUUAUCUGUACUGUAUUGUAAGAAAUAUAUGCAGUCUUUUUAGCCUCA